UCCAGCUGCAGCAUCUGGUGAAAUGUAGUCAAUUAUAGAACCAACGGUGAGCAAUUUUUCUAUCAUGAUACAGCCCUCACAGUAACACCUUUUUCACCCUGCUACUCGAAAAAAAAACCAUUCGAAUGUUUCUAUUUGCAUAGUAGACGUAUUGGUGUUACUAUCCGCGUUGGCUUCAACUACUUUAUUCAUCACCUUUGUUAUUUGAAUUUGAGAAUUUUCUACGUUCUUCUCGCGAGGUAAUCUAAAUAGGUUUAGCUUUCGUCUGUAAUAAAGCAGAAGCCGUUGAAGAUGAUGCUGAUGCCUGGUGAGCAGCAGCGCGGAGUGCUGCCGCAAGGACGCUUCCAAAGCCCAAGUGCCGUUUCAAGUAACAAGCUAUCUGCGGUUGGUUCGGCCGUGAUGGCCGAGGUCAAGAUGGCACAGAUGCAAUUUCAGAAGGUAUUCGGAGGAAGAACGACCUAGUACCCACCCCGACCCCAUAUUUCUUGUUGCGUAAAAAUUUGUCCUCUGUCCAGAUAAACUACAAUGCAGUGGAUCUAAAAAUGCCUGCACAUACACACGCGACCAGCUAAUCAUUGCAACCAUGAUGCUGACCCGAAGAAACUUGUACAAUAUCACGCACAGCUGCAGCUCCCAGAGCUCCUGGUAGACGAUUUGUGUAAUUUUUGUACGCAGGAGAUUUUCGUUUCCACCUGCAUCUUGGCUUAUACCUGCGGAAGGGUUCCUGGUCGUGGAGGCGGGCGUGGUUUUCCUUUUCUCUGGGAUAGAAUGUCCAAGAUCUCUGCUGGGAACGCUGCAUGUCGAGCUCAGUAUCUUCACACGAUUGUAGCGCUCCGUCGACUCCAGAAGCAGAAACACGAGGGACAUCGCUGCUUCUUGGCGGGUAUGGAGCAGGAUUGCAAAACGUAUUAUCGCACUGGCUUGGAUGGGAUAUUUGUCUUUUUCGUGAUGAUGACCAGCCGAAAAAUAUAUAAAAUAAUUAGAUGUCCUGUGAAACAAGAACAAGAAGUAUACCGCGCAACACAAAAGCACUUCAAUUGUACGACGAUGCAGAAGUGCGCCGAGUCAAGUGCGAUGCCAUUUUUGCACAGGAUAUUACGCUCAGUAUGGCGGAGACGAGCUGCGUGAAUAACUGCGUGUCCAAAUUUUACCAAGUUGCACAUGCAAUCGCUUACGAGUCCGCCGAACAGGCCAAGAAACUGAACGAGUGGGGUCCUUUAGCCAGGUGGACGCUGACGUUGCUCACUAUUCCAUGACAACUAACCAUUCCCAUCCAAUUUGUCAUACAAAACAUGGAGCUGGCGAGGGGUCGCGUCGCGUCGCGUCGGCUUUUCGUUUUGGCUUGCAGAAAGUGAAUGGGUGUGGGGUGGGAUGGUUAAUUUUCAGAGAAUGCUAUCCGUCGGUGGCUGUGCAGGGUUAGCCUACUACUUGUUUAUCGUACCUGAAGACGAUGCUUCAGUGGAAGCAGCGAACCCGCAAGGAGCCCGUGCAUUUGCAGCGGGCGGGCGGACCAAUCUUCUCGGAGGGGGUGCGUCCCAGUCCCUUACCGGCCGUUAUGGGUGGAGGAGUGGAGCGGGUACGGGCACAACAGCAGCCGGCGGAUGGAAGUCGCAAUUCAAUAAUUUGUGACAAGCUAAUGUCAAUCUCCCUACUCAUGUUUCAUCUUAAAAGCGUAAGGUAAAGCUGCUAGGAUUAUGCUCUACCUAAAGGGGUUGGUAGUACUAUUGGUUGCGUAAAGAUGCACCGUGUGCGUAAUCAUCAUAGUUUUGUCUUCCUCGUUUUGCGCGCGACACGAUGAUCAGCCUCAGAUAUCAUAAUCCACGUCUACCGACACCCACUCCCACGCGGUCGUGGCCUAUAUACGACAAACGACAGUCGAUCUUUCAGUUCUUUUGUCUGUGCAACCUCAUCUUCAUCAUCGAGAACAAACCAUGACGUCAAUGAUCCCUGCAUGCCGGCAUUGGGAUGAGGUGUGAGGCAAGCAUACCGCGGUGUUUUUGAUGUUGUAUGCUGAGCGUCGCUCCUCCUUUGAGAGCUCUUCUUCGAUUCUUCGUCGACAGAGGAUAUGCAGAAAAGCUGCAAUGUUUUUUUUUAUAUUUGCAUUUAUAUAACUAUAUACAUCUUGGAAGUGGGUGAGGUUUUCCGUUUUCGUUUUGGUCUGUACGAGAACAAGCGGGAAGUGGGUGAAGUUUUCCGUUUUCGUUUUGGUCUGUACGAGAACAAGCGGGAAGUGGGUGAAGUUUUCCGUUUUCGUUUUGGUCUGUACGAGAACAAGCGCCUCCAUCUGAUUUCCCAUCGGCUGUCGCAUCUAGCUUCACGGAUGGGGAUGUCUGCAGGCCAAAACUUUUCCGUUGAAAUAUUUUUUCGUUUCCAGCCUCACGGUCACGACAUAAACUUCAUUGUCGCGGCGGCGUUUAGUGCAAUUCCAUGCACUGGUAAUAUCAUGGCUUGGGGAAGAUCUCGUACUUGAUAUAGAAAUGCCAGAAACCGAUGAAAGGGAAACAAUAACAAAGUGCGAACGUUAACGACUUAUUCAGGGAUUGCAGUAACUUAUGCGAGAUUCGUGCAUGUGAUGCAAUGCAGAAGCUGUCGUCUUUAUCGUGCAUGUCAUGCAGUUAUACAAAAAAGAAAUAUGGCGC